UUCUAUGGACGUGUGCUUCAACCAUAUUGUUCUGCUAAUUACAGAUUGUCCUUUUCAAAAUUUCUGCAGCAUCUCUUCUGUCUCUCUCUCUCAUAAUUGGGGAACUUUUGCUAGUCACAGCCCCUGCAAAUACCAAACCCUCCAAUCACGACUCAACCCUUGUGUCUCUGUACUCAUUCCUAGCACUGUUUGUAGGUCUCCCUCUUGAAGACAGCAGGAGCUGGCAUACUUGGCUGUUCACUUCUUCAUAGCUCUCUCCUAUUGUCUUUAUCCCUCAAACUCCUUCUUUCUGUAAAAAUAAAGAAGAAAGAACAAAUCUUUUCCACUUUUACUGCUUCGAUUCUGCAAAAUCUCUCUGUUUCCUCUGUUUUCUUCUUCUUCAUUUCAACUGGGUUUUCUGUUAAAGUAAGUCUUGAGUCUCACUUUGUGAGCUUCAAGCCUUCCCACUUCUUUUUCUUUUUCUUUUGUUUUUUGAAAUUAAAUCUGGGUUUUGUUUCUCUUUCUUUUUUUCCUUGAUAUUUUUCUGCUUUUGGAUCUGAUAGGGAGGUCUAGGGUUUAUCUUUUCACAGGUAAGAUCUGCUUUUUCAACUGUUUCUUGAAUUUUCCUUGGAUUUUGGAAAGUGGGUCUUUUCCAGAUUCCUCAGUUCACCCUUGACUCAAAAGGGUAUUCCAUUCUGAUUCCCUCCAAAUGCUUCUAAAUUCAAUGACCAUUUCUCUGGGAAACCUCAAAGUCUCUGCAUUUCUCUUCUAGAUUUUCUGUCUUUGCCUUUAUAAAUUUCUAAGGAAUUCUUGAGAAAUCGUAUAAUGGUGGGGAUUGCCAAGCUUUACUAGCUAUGUCUACACUGUAAUUCAUUAUUCUGAGCAAUGUAUCGAGGAAUUGAAUUUCUCUCUCCGGCCUCAUAUCUUCAAAAUUCGAAUUGGUUGUUCAGUGAAAGUAAUGGGACAAAAUGGACCCACGAGGAGAACAAGCUGUUUGAGAAUGCCCUCGCGUUGCACGACAAAGAUACCCCGGAUCGAUGGCUGAAAGUGGCAGCCAUGAUCCCGGGGAAGACGGUGGAAGAUGUAAUAAAGCAGUAUAAGGACUUGGAAGAUGAUAUUAGUGACAUAGAGGCAGGGUUGAUCCCAAUUCCUGGAUACAGUACCAGUUCUUUCAAAUUGGAGUGGAAUAACAAUCAAGGCUUUGAUGGGUUGAAACAGUUCUACUUUCCUGGCGGAAAGAGGGGCUCUGCGACUCGGUCUACCGAUCAAGAAAGGAAGAAAGGAGUGCCGUGGACCGAAGAAGAGCACAGGCAGUUUCUGAUGGGUCUUAAGAAGUAUGGAAAAGGUGACUGGAGAAACAUCUCACGCAAUUUUGUGACUACUAGGACUCCCACCCAGGUGGCUAGUCAUGCUCAGAAGUACUUUAUCAGGCAACUUUCAGUGGGGAAAGAUAAGAGGAGAUCUAGCAUCCAUGACAUCACAACUGUAAAUCUCACCGACUCUAAGUCUCCUUCCUCAGACAAUGACAGACCUUCAUCGCCUGAUUGCUCUACCACAGUUAUGCAGCUGCCACAGUACCCAAAUAUGGUUGGCACAGCCAAACCAAUGCUUGACCAGAGACCGCCAAAUCAAGGAGCAGCUAUGGUUUUCAAUCCUUCAAAUGGCAAUCCAUUCUUAGCACCUCCUUGUGGGAUUUCUUCAAAUGGGCUUAAGCUGCAUGAACAAUUUCUGCAUAGAGGUACUCUUAAUGGACCUCAGUUUGUACCUCAUAGUUCAAUAUUCCAGAUGCCAUCCACACAACAACAACAGCGUCUUCAUGGAUGAAAUGGAAUGCUCCGAGCCCUAAGGUACUGAAAUGUUAAAUCUUAUUGUGUGAAGUUGGAUUGCUGUGUCUAUGCUUUGUCAUGGUUUUAUGUGAGCUUAUCAAUGAGGCUUUGAGUUAGUCCUGGGCAAUUAAACCCUAGAAAGAGAUCUUUUCAUAAUUUAAAACCAUGAAACUGGAAGGGAAGUUCAAUGUAAGUGAAGUUUGAAAUUGUUUCUGAAUUCAGAUGUUGCAUGCCUGUUUGAGGGGAACUUGAGGGUGGUCAGAAGGCAUUUACAGAUUGGACCUGUGUGUAUCAAAACGAGAGUGGAAAAGGGAUUAAACUAGAUCAUGGUCUGUCCUAUCAUUAAGACUUAUUUGAAUCAGUAAAUUGUGCAGCUUCCAAGUUCACAUGAUGGUGGGUGAAAUAGAGGCGCUAGUGAGAUAAGCCCCUUUAAGGCUGAUAUAAAGCUUUAGAAUGUCUUAGGAAGAAGGCUUUAUUUAAACUUGUUGAUACUAUUAUUAAUAGUGAGAUGUCAUGAAUCAUUCAAACAAGAAUUCCUCUGUGAACUGUGCUGUUCUUCCAUUAGUUGGGAACUUUGUAGAUUAUGUACUUCUCUCCAAUAAAAUCAUUUCAGCUGGUGGUUAUGUAA